ACUCUUCAGUUCAGUCAGAUACUGGCUGUUUCUCAAUAUGCAUUCUUCAGCGGUCUUGUGUUCUCGUGUAACGACAUGGUCAGCUGCCAAAUUCAGUUCCAAUACUCAAGACCGCAUGAAAGGACGCGUGAAAGUUCCCGAUUGUUGUUACAGCAUAAAGCGAGCUGUCAAAAUGGACGGGACUUCUGUGCCCCAGAAGCUCUGAGCGGUAGAGAGCGAAGCAGAAACGUGGUCAUGUAUGCCAUUUCUCUUAUGAAAGUGUGAUAUUUUGCUGUGUUUGGUGAUGCGUGUGCCGGUGCGGUGGGUGCUGUGGGAUGUGAAGGACACCCUGCUGAAGGUGCGGCGCUCGGUUGGAGAGCAGUACUGCAGAGAAGCUCAGCGAGCAGGACUCCAGCUGUCCCCUGUUCAGGUGGAAACUGCUUUCAGACAGGCCUACAAGCAAAAAUCAAAGCUAUUGCCAAACUAUGGCCGAGCUCAGGGCAUGGACAGCCAGGUCUGGUGGACUGGACUAGUGAGGGACACUUUUGGCCAGUGUGGGGUCCAUGAUCUUGCUCUACUGGACAGACUAGCCAACAACCUCUAUCACAACUUUUGUGGACCAGAAAACUGGGAGGUGUUUUCAGAUUCUACCGGAACCCUGAAGUCCUGCACAGCUUUGGGACUCAAGCAAGGUGUUGUUUCCAACUUCGACAGGCGUUUGGAAGGGAUCCUGAGGGGAUGCGGUCUUCUCACUCACUUCUCAUUUCUUGUGACCUCAGAAGACGCCGGGGUGGCUAAACCAGACCCUGCCAUAUUUAGCCAGGCACUGGAGCAGUGUGGAGUUCCUGCCUCCAGUGUAGUGCAUGUUGGGGACCAUUAUGUAAAAGACUAUCUGACCUCUCGCUCUUUGGGUAUUCGAGGUUACCUUCUCAAUAGACAAGACGGUCAAACGCACGCUGAUAUUCCUCCAGAGCAUAUACUGAAGAGCUUAGAUGAACUACCGGCUCGACUGCAGCAGGACACAGACUGAGAGUGUAUAAUAAUAUAUAAAGUAGUUUAGAUUUAAUUCAAUUCUGUAAUGUACUGCCAUUUUAUUUAAUUGUUAUCCUGCUCUUAAAUUAUUUUAAUAACUGAAAGUUUUCUAAUUGUUAUCCACUGAUUUGUAUAAAUGUAGUUUGUGAUAUAAUGCAGCUCUCAAAUUCAUUAGGUAUGACUGACUGACAGCUAUAGUGCCACAUAUAAACUCACCAGAUUCUUUAUUAGGUAAACCUUGUUCAUAACUGUUGGAUAGUGUAUAGAAAGUACUGGAAGACAUUUUAGCACAUACUGACAUGUUGGCAUCACUUGCAACAAUCUAAUUCGUACAAUUUAGUACGAUUUGCUCAUCCUCUAAUGAUGGUUGGGUUUAGGGGUGGGGUUAGGUGCCACGCCUCCUUUUUAAAAAUUGUACAAUUUUGUAUGAACUGAACUGAAUUUGUAUGAAUUAGCCACUAAACUGACAAAACGUAAAAUACUUACGUUUUCUCGUGAGAUCAGGCUGGAAUUUCCCAUCCAUAUUAUAGGUUCCCUGUUGUACUGAGAUCUGGUGAAUUUGGAGCUAUCCGAGUAUGUGAUUCUGAUGCCUUCUACUCUCCUCCAACCUUAGCCAUUAAAAAGGUAUGCAGCUCACUUCUCCCUCUGAUCAUAAUCUGAAAAUCUCAGAAGAGCAGCCAUUUCUGAAUUUCUUGUUUAAUGUCAGAAAUUCAGUUGCUGCCAGAAGUGGUGUUAGCAGGUCACUUAAAGGGAUAGUUCACACAAAACAAAAAUGUUCUCAUUUACGGCAUCUAGCUGUCUGCAACUCACAAGGUCACCCACUGAAGCUAAGCAGGGCCACGCCUGGUCAAUACCUGGAUGGGAGACCACAUGGGAAAGCUAUUCUGAAAAAAAUUAUGUCUGCAAAGCUGUUGCAAACAAUUUAUUUGUGUUAAAU